GCAGGAUCAAGGGCUUCUCCUCCCACUGGUGUCCAACAAGGCCAUCCUCUGCUACAUAUGCAGUUGGAGCCCAGGGUCAGUCCAUGUACAGUCUUUGUGCAGUGGUUUAGUCUCUGGGAACUCUGGUUGGUUGGUAUUGUUGUUCUUAGGGGGUUGCAAGCCCCUUCAGCUCCUUCAAUCCUUUCUCUAACUCCUCCAACGGGGGUCCUGUUCUCAGUUCAGUGGUUUGCUGCUAGCAUUCACCUCUGUAUUUGUCAUGCUCUGGCUGAGCUUCUCAGGAGACAGCUAUAUCAGGCUCCUGUCAGCAUGCACUUCGUGGCUUCAUCAAUAUUGUCUAGUUUGGGUGGCUGUGUGUGUGUGUGUGUGUGUGUGUGUGUGUGUGUCAGGCUCUGAAUGGCCAUUCCUUCAGUGUCUGCUCCAAACUUUGUCUCCAUAUCGUCUCCUAUGAAUACUUUUGUUUCCCCUUUUAAGAAGGACUGAAGCAUCCGCACUUUGGACACCCUUCUUCUUGAGCUUCAUUUGGUCUGUGGUAAUCCAAGCUUUUGGGUAAUAUCCACUUAUCAGUGAGUGCAUACCAUGUGUGUUUUUCUGUGAUUGGGUUACCUCACUGAGGAUGAUAUUUUCCAGUUCCAUCCAUUUGCCUAUGAAUUUCAUGAAGUCAUUGUUUUUGAUAGCUGAGUAAUAUUCCAUUGUGUAGAUGUACCACAUUUUCUGUAUCCAUUCCUCUGUUGAAGGGCAUCUGGAUUCUUUCCAGCUUCUGACUAUUAUAAAUAAGGCUGCUAUGAACAUAGUGGAGCACGUGUCUUUGUUAUAUGUUGGAGCAUCUUUUGGGUAUAUGCCCAGGAAUGGUAUAGCUGGGUCCUCAGGUAGUGCAAUGUCUAAUUUUCUGAGGAACCGCAAGACUGAUUGCCAGAAUGGUUGUACCAUUGCUACCAACAGUGGAGGAGCGUUCCUCUUUCUCCACAUCCUUGCCAGCAUCUGUUGUCACCUGAGCUUUUGAUUUUAGCCAUUCUGAUUAGUGUGAGGUGGAAUCUCAUGGUUGUUUUGAUGUGCAUUUCCAUGAUGACUAAGGAUGUUGAACAUUUCUUUAGGUGCUUCUAAGCCAUUCGAUAUUCUUCAGCUGAGAAUUCUUUGUUUAGCUCUGUACCCCAUUAUUAAUAGGUUUAUUUGGUUCUUUGGAGUCUAACUUCUUGAGUUCUUUGUACAUAUUAGAUAUUAGCCCACUACUAGAUGUAGGAUUGGUAAAGAUCUUUUCCCAAUCUGGUGGUUGUCGUUUUGUCCUAUAUAUUUCAAUAGUACUAUCAUCAUCAUUAUCAACAGAAACAUUCCCAGCAUGCUUUGCACCCUGCCCUCCUUCGUGGGCUCAUCUUGCUUGAGCAUUUACUGAACUUACUUAUUACAGCACAAAAGUACUGCCUCCUUUUGUUUUGUUUUGCUAUUUAAUUUCUGGAAAAGCCGUUGAUACAGAGCUGGCACAGAGGACUUGGAGUUAGUCAGAUUCUCCUCACUGUGAUGUAACACCUCACAAAACUCUACAGAAGGUUACUGGGCUGGUGGUGUCUGAUGUUCUAGUCCAUCGAGGAAGGAGUGUGAUGCGUCACAGCUGCUCACAUCAUGGCUCCCGGAGCUCAGCGAGAGACAGUUCCUCAGCUGGAGAGCUCGCCCUUUUACUUCUUUUAUUCAGUCUGUGCCCAAACAUGGAAUGGAGCCACCCGCUCAGGGUGAGAGUACCUUUCUUUGCCAAUUCUCUCUGAAAACACCCUCACAGACAUGCCAAGACACAUGCUUUACUGGUCCCCCUCAAGCACUUUUCAGUUCAUUCAAGUGGAGAAUCAAGAUUAGUCACCUCAGCCUCUCCUGCCACCUGUAUUUCUAAUAAAGUUUAAGCCAAACAGCAUGUCCCUUCUCCCCCAGCACGUGCAUGUGUGUUAUGUGGGGCCCAUUUAGCUCAUUCCUAAAUAUUCAUCAAGGUUGGGAAACAGGAUCCACAGUGUCUGGAUAGACCUACAGUGAGGAGAAAGUUGGUUGUCUAUAAAACCUUAAUUGAGCCCACAGUAAGAGAGUUGCAAGAUAGGCGGUCUCUGUAUGAAACUGGCUUGGCAGCGACCUGCCUUGAGGACUAGAUGGGUAGAGAGAUGGCUGCCAGGCUCAGAGAGUAGCCAUCGGCAGUGUGAGAUGGGAUGGAGCUUAGCGGGUGAGACACUUUGCUGACUGAGAUGAAAAUAUCCCACAGAUGUUAUGUGGCCCUACUGUGCCAGCACUAGUGCAGGUUAAAAGAAACCUUUAUUUUUUAAAUUAUUAUUUACUGCAACAAAGAUCUAUUAAAGGAGGGCGAGAAAAAAGUGUUUUCAUAUUUGAGCUAAGAUACUCUACAUGAGUAUUGCUUGAUAUGUAGAAAAUACAGUUUAUCUUAUUUCUGAUGGCUGUGUUUUUUGUUUGUUUGUUUGUUUGUUUUUGGUUUUGUAUUUUUGUUUACAAGGGGUUCACUGACUUCAGCUGUGACAUAAUACUGCCUGCUUACACAAAAGCUGGAGCAGUUGUAAAUUUCCCAAACUUUGGUGGUGUUUUGGUGGGCGAAGAGUUUAUAAUAUAGUGUCUCCAAAAUUAACUUGAUUCAUUCUGCAGUUUGCUGACAAUGCUCCUUCCAGGCCCAAGAACAACAUCCAGGAGAGUCAGCUGGCCCCACCUCCCAAGGGCUUUGGAAGAAGCCGGCCCAUCUCCCAAUUUGAAUUGGUCCCCACUGCUUCCAGAAGGAAAGGCAAGUUUGUUCCUAUGACAUCCCUGGACAGAUACUUGCCGCUGACCUGCCCAGGGCCCUGCAAGCCUUGAAAGGUCUCAUCUUCUUUUCCCGAGCAGGAGCCUGAGGUCUGCCUCCUAUGCACCCCAGCACCCCCAUCAGCUCCCUCUUCUCCUUCACCAGCCCCGCAGUGAAGAGGCUGCUGGGCUGGAAGCAGGGAGAUGAAGAGGAGAAGUGGGCAGAGAAGGCAGUGGACUCUUUGGUGAAGAAGUUAAAGAAAAAGAAAGGCGCCAUGGAUGAACUGGAGAGGGCGCUGAGCUGCCCGGGCCAGCCUAGCAAGUGCGUUACCAUCCCACGCUCCCUGGAUGGACGCCUCCAGGUGUCCCACCGGAAGGGGCUGCCCCAUGUCAUCUACUGCCGCGUGUGGCGCUGGCCAGAUCUGCAAUCCCAUCAUGAGCUGAAGCCCUUGGAAUGCUGCGAGUUCCCGUUUGGCUCUAAGCAGAAGGAGGUCUGCAUCAACCCAUACCAUUACCGCAGAGUGGAGACCCCAGUUCUGCCUCCAGUGCUGGUACCAAGACACAGCGAGUACAACCCUCAGCUCAGCCUCCUGGCCAAGUUCCGAAGUGCCUCGCUGCACAGCGAACCGCUCAUGCCGCACAACGCCACCUACCCUGACUCUUUCCAGCAGUCUCUCGGUCCCGCACCGCCCUCCUCGCCAGGACACGUGUUUCCGCAGUCUCCAUGCCCCACCAGCUACCCGCAGUCCCCCGGAAGUCCUUCCGAGUCAGACAGUCCUUAUCAACACUCAGACUUCCGGCCAGUUUGCUACGAGGAGCCCCUGCACUGGUGCUCUGUUGCCUACUACGAACUGAACAACCGGGUCGGAGAGACUUUCCAGGCAUCCUCCCGGAGUGUGCUCAUAGAUGGCUUCACAGACCCCUCCAAUAACAGGAAUAGGUUCUGUCUUGGGCUUCUUUCAAAUGUAAACAGAAAUUCGACGAUAGAAAACACCAGAAGGCACAUUGGAAAGGGUGUGCAUUUGUACUACGUUGGGGGCGAGGUGUACGCGGAGUGCGUGAGCGACAGCAGCAUCUUUGUCCAGAGCCGGAACUGCAACUACCAGCACGGCUUCCACCCGGCCACUGUCUGCAAGAUCCCCAGUGGCUGCAGCCUCAAGGUCUUCAACAACCAGCUCUUCGCCCAGCUGCUCGCCCAGUCAGUGCACCACGGCUUUGAAGUUGUCUAUGAACUGACGAAGAUGUGCACGAUUCGGAUGAGCUUUGUGAAGGGCUGGGGAGCCGAGUAUCAUCGCCAGGAUGUCACAAGCACCCCCUGCUGGAUUGAGAUUCAUCUUCAUGGACCACUGCAGUGGUUGGACAAGGUGCUAACUCAGAUGGGCUCCCCACACAACCCUAUUUCUUCAGUGUCUUAAGUCAUGUGCUCAGCUGCAUUUCCACAGAAUAGACGAAGGCAGGGGCUUCUACCACUGCAACUCGCAGCUAGUACAAGACCCUGGACGCAGAUGUAAACACGUACGAUGCACACGAUUCCCAUUUCUAUCCCCAUUGGUUCUGUGCUACCUACUUAACCUGAGGCUAGUGCUGUGUGGUUGAAGAAGCACGUUUUCCAGACCGGUGUCUGAUUAGAAGCCAAGUCUUUUGUGAGAGGGCAAGCGGCAUGUGAAGCCCACUGGGUCAGCUCGUCACUCUGCAGAAGGUUGUGCCCCAGAAGGAAAACACAGAGCUGCUUACAUAGGAAAAUACACGAGCACUAGAGCAAAACCAGUCAAACCCACAUGAUUGCAAAAAGACCUCACUUGCAAUGUGAAUGGCAAGAAAGGAGACCAAGCUUGUUCAAGGACCUGCGAGAGAGGCCCCAGAAACCUUCUCUCUGCAGCUGAACUGUGCGUGGCCGCGUACUGCGCUGAUGUCAGGUACAGUUAACCGGAUUUAAACUGUGAUUGGAAAGGGGGAAACUGUGAAGCCUGGAGUCAGGCUGCCUCCAUCUACCACUGCUGAAACAUCCAGCAAGCAAGCAGCAAGCAAACAAAACCAAGGCUCAUGAGGGAAGACAGCCCGAGAUGAGCCUUGGUCCCCAGGCCAGGGCUAGCCCAGAAUUCAGGCCCAGGAGCACAGGGGCUCCUGCUUCCACUCUGGGCGUCAGCUUCCCACCUUCCAGCUCCUCCUGUCUGACCUUGCAGAUGGCUGUCUGCCCUGUGUACACGGCGAACCCUGUGCUGAGGUGAAGCUGCAGAUGGAAGACUGGGAGCGAAGUCGCAUGGCGACCUACACUACUAGGUGGGGCAUCCUUUGCCUCAUCUUCUCUCCUGGUGACAAACACUAAGUGAUUACAGAUGAUUUAAACGACAGCAAAGCCAUGGGGGAGAGCUAGAGGCAUCACUGGGUCGUGUACAUGUAUUUCUCAAUCCAGUACCUGAGUUGAUUAAGUUAUUAGCUGGUUACAUCUGUGGCAGCCUCUUCUAAAGCUAUGAAAUACCUGGAUAGAGCCUCCCAGGUGAGGUAGGAAUGUUUCAUAUGCCCUACAAUUUUUUGAGGAAACAGUGGUAGUGAAUAAUAAAGCAUUUUUAAAAACACCUUAUGUAUAUAUACACAUAUAUACAUAUAAACAUAUAUGUACAUUUACACACACAUGCAUAUUUAGCAUGCAUGCAUUAACGCUUGUUAUUUCCUUUGUUGGACGAUAAAGGGAAACAUCCUCCAGACUUCAGGGUACAUGCACUUGUUAAUCACCCCACUGCUUCUAAGUUUACUUCGGGCCCUUUGAGAAGCACAUUAUUUAGGAUGGCAUUCAUGGUUUCCAGGGUAGAGCGUCCACUGUCCGAGAUGCCUUCGUUCAAUCCACUCUGCCUAGCAUCGAUGUAUACACACUGUUUGUUCCCCAUACAACUGUAUUUUAAGAUAGAGAUGAUGAUCACAAGUCACACACAAUGCCCACUCUAUCUAUAAAACCUACCAUUCUUAUAUAUACAUAUUAUGUCAGAAAACACACAUUUCGUCUCAAACUACCACUUAGAUUGUAUAAUACCCAAGCAUGUUAAUUCAUACAGUCUGUCUUGUGCCUUUGUGUGUACUGGGUACGAUGUCAGGUGCUGUGGAAUCAAAUGUACAUUAGCGGUAGUAGCCCCCAACUCCCCAACGCCCUAUAUCUAACAUUUGCAUAGACAAAUAGGACAACAUAGGACUUUAAAAACCCACACAUGUGAACUUUCUUGGGCUUGAAAAAUAAUGUAACCAAGUUCUUAAUUAUUAUUAUAUUGGAAUUUCACAUCGCUUCAGAACAAUUAGGUAAUUUGUCUUUGCAUAACUACUUUCAUCCCUAGUCACUCCACCUCCUGGAACCCCUAUUUUUCUGGUAUUUCUCCUGGCCUCUUCCUUGGAAAAGCCAUGCAUAUGACAGAUCUCCGAGUACCCAUCCAAGGACGCAAAGUGUUUGUCCCAGAUUUCUAACAAGUGGCCAAAUAUCUCUGGCAAUGUGUAGCUUUAUGGAACUAUUCAGAAGUAGAAGCUUCCAGGUAUGGUGGAGCCUGACUUUAAUCUCAGCAGGGAAGAGAAACAGAUGGAUCCCUGAGAAUUCAGGGCUGACCUGGUCUACAUAAGGAGUUACAGGACAGCCAGGGCUAUACCUUGAGACCCUGUCUCAAAGCAAAGCAAAGCAAAACAAAAAAAGAAGCUUAAAAACAAAACUAAAAAACCAAAUAAAUUACUUGGCUUUCCUGGCAGUGUUAAGAAAUCAGAGAAAAUACUGAAAUGUGUCUGAGUUCUUUGAGAAAGGAAUCACAACAUAGGUUCAUAUGUAUAUUAUCAGAGAAUUUAGCAUCAAAGGGAUGUAAGUCCUAUGCUCUAUAACAUAGUCACAUUUUAAUGAGUUUCCCCCUUGGCGGCUAAGAGAUCAAAAAUAUCAUAAAUGUAAUCCUUUGACUUUAACUCCUCUGAGUGACCAUGUGGCAAUCACCCCAUGAAACUGACAAGCAAAACUAUGCUGCAUGUGUUGUUUUACAGGGUAACAGGAAAAGUGGGUAGCCAGGCCUUUACACUGCAAAUGUGCCUCCUGUUGCCCUGGGCAGUGGAGAACUGUAUCAGUUUGGCCUGCCCACAAGACCCAGAAUGCUUAUCACUGUGUACAAGUAGGUAUUUGUGAGUCUUAACAAAUAAGACAUGGUCAGUUUGUUUCAGCUAAAUGAUGCCACCUGCUUCAGGACUAAGAAGACACCACCUUUUUGAACACAUGCUUCGGUGUUGUGUAGUCAGCAAACGCAGCAAACUCUCUAGCAUUUAGAAUACUCUUUUCAUUGUUUUCUGAGGAUGGGGUUAUUCCCAGGACAACAGAAAGAAGAGGGUAGUGAAAACAUCUUAUAAACACUGCUUGCUGGACUUGAAGCUCCAGCUUAACUCCGAAUGGUCCAGAUAUUUUGUGUAUAUAUAAUAAGUAAAAUAUACCGUGCAUUCCACAUCAACUUACCUGCUAGGAGUCAAGAGCUGCACUGUGCAAGGGUAGGUGACUGUCACAUAUGUGACAGCUAAGUUCAAAUGAAAAUAAGCAGACUACUGGGAGUGCUUUGAUGCCCAGCAGCCUGGCCUCCCGUCCUGGAAAUGACAAACACCGUCAUCUGGUAGUUUGUGGUAGACAGUGAAACACCUUUGGGCUUAUUUUUCUUCCGAACUCUAGGAAAUACUUGUAUCUGAUCUGUGGCUCCUUAAGAUGCUUAAUCAUAAGCUGUUCUACUUAGACAUGGGAUUUUUAAGAAUUCUUCAUGCUGUAAAAAAGCUUUGGUGGCACUAUAAAAAAAAGGCAUUGUGGACUAUUUGGCAUUAUGUGUGUAAUUUUAAUGAUACUUUGCAGAAUUUUUAGAGAUGUUUAACUACUCCUCCGCAGCUUAGCACCAGACCGCACAGCUCAAACCCUUUAUGGUGAUGUUAUUGUUAUUAAAGAGUGAAUUUAAUACACAUUGUCAUUUGAGCACCUUACCGUAGCAGCUCAUCAAGGAGCAUGUCUGUAUUAAGAUGGUUAGCAUGUGAUGCUUAAAACCCCUGGAUACAGAGGGAAACUGUCACUAAAAAUCAUUUAUUUUCAUAUGCCAUGAAAUAUGUUUAACUGAUUAAAACAUUUUCUAAGAGAA